UCUACUGGCAAAGAGAACCACAAAAGAAAAAGAGCAAUGGAGUCUGCUAAACCAAACAUGGAUAUAAUAGGAGGCCACCAAAAUGUGAUCGUGAUGCGUCACGGUGAUCGCAUCGACGAUUUCGAGCCACUCUGGGUUUCAACCGCUGAGAGACCGUGGGACCCGCCGCUCCUUCACGACGGUAAGGUUCGAGCCUUUCAAACCGGUCAAAGAAUCCGGUCUCAGGUUGGUUUUCCGAUUCAUCGUGUCGUCGUCUCUCCUUUCCUCCGCUGCAUCCAGACCGCUGCCGAAGUCGUCGCCGCUCUCUCCGCCGUCGAUCUUGAUCACAACGCUCUAUCUUCUAAAGAAGUACCUUCCAUCGAUAACUCUAAGCUCAAGGUAGCUAUUGAAUAUGGAUUGUGCGAGAUACUGAGCACAGUGGCUAUUAAGAGUGAGGUUGCUCCCAAAGAUGGGAAGUUUGAUUUCAACUUUUCAGAUCUCGAAGCUAUGUUUCCUCAGGGAACUGUGGAUCCUAAUGUGGAUAUGGCUUAUAAAGAGUUGCCACAAUGGGGAGAAUCUGUGGAAGGCUUCAAGGAUCGAUAUGUUAACACACUGAAGGUUCUUGCAGACAAGUAUCCUUCUGAGAAUUUGCUAUUAGUCACCCAUUGGGGAGGAGUGAGUGCUACACUUUACAAGUACUUCAAAGACGCAACUAAGUACUUAGUAGAUUACUGUGGUUCUGUUGAAUUGAGAAGGCAGAUUUUGAAUAGUGAUGGGUUUGGUGAAUCUGUGGAAUUUGAGGUGGUUACUAGUCAUGGUGUGUCUUUCAAGGACCACAAAGUCCCAAUCCAUGGUCCUCUUUUAACCCAAUCACCGAUUUAGCCGGUUUUGUAUAUGCAUAUUUGGUUCUACGGUUUGUUUUAAUGUAAAAUAAAAAUAAGAUUGUUAUGGGUUCA